AUGAGAAAUUUUACCGAUGUAGCAGAAUUCCUUCUUAUGGGGUUGACCAGUCGUCAGGAGCUUCAGGUCCUCUUUUUUGUGGUGUUCCUAGUAGUUUACAUGGUCACUCUGUUAGGAAACAUUGGUAUGAUCCUUUUGAUCAGCAUCAGCCCCCAGCUUCAGAGCCCUAUGUACUUCUUCCUGAGUCAUUUGUCUUUUGUGGAUGUUUGGUUCUCUUCCAAUGUUACCCCUAAAAUGCUAGAAAACUUAUUAUCAGAGGCAAAAACCAUUUCCUGUGUGGGAUGUCUGGUGUAGUGCUACUUUUUCAUUGCUCUUGUACACGUGGAGGUCUAUAUCCUGGCAUUGAUGGCGUUCGAUAGUUACUUGGCCAUCUGCAAACCUUUGCUUUAUGGAAGUAGGAUGUCUAGGACUGUGUGUGUUCGGCUUAUCUCUGUGCCCUAUAUCUGUGGCUUCUCUGUGGGUCUAAUGUGCACACUGUGGAUGUAUGGCUUAUAUUUCUGUGGAAACUUUGAAAUCAAUCACUUCUAUUGUGCAGAUCCUCCUCUCUUCAAGAUUGCCUGUGGAGGAGUGCAUAUCAAAGAAUACACAAUGAUUGUCAUUGCUGGAAUCAACUUCACAUAUUCCCUCUCAGCGGUCCUCAUCUCCUACACCCUCAUAGUCAUUGCUGUGCUAUGCAUGCACUCUGCUGACAGAAGAAAGAAAGCAUUCUCCACCUGUGGAUCUCACUUGACAGCUGUUUCUAUGUUUUAUGGGACCCUCAUAUUCAUGUAUCUCCAGAGGCCAACUGAAGAGUCUGUGGAGCAGGGAAAGAUGGUGGCUGUGUUUUACACCACUGUGAUCCCCAUGUUGAAUUCCAUGAUCUACAGUUUGAGGAACAAGGAUGUAAAAGAGGCAGUCAACAAAGCAAUCACCAAGGCAAACUUGAGGCAAUGA